AUGCCUCCGAGGAGAAACAGGACGCCCACUAAUGUUCAUGAGCAAGAACUAGAAGAAUGUAUUAUGGCACGAAUGGAGGAGAGGAAGGAUCAAAUGGUUGACCAACUGACUAAUAGGAUGGUCGAACUGAUGAAUCAAGGAGGACAAAGGUCUCGAACACAUUCUCAAGUGGAAGACGGUGAAUUUGGGAACCCGUUCGGCGGCAGUGACAGUUCAUAUUCUGAAGACCGUCUAGAAAGGCCGCCAAAGCGUGAUCAUAGAAGUGAUAAUAGGCGUUGGGAGGCCGGAAUGCGAAUUGAUAUCCCAGAAUUUGACAGAGUCAGUUUGAAUUCGGAGGGUUUUAUCAACUACUUGGCUACUGUUGAGGAAGUUUUUGAGUUCAAAGAAGUCCCUGGAAACAAAAGAGUGUCGAUGAUUGCUACCAGGCUACAUGGUAGGGCAUCUGCAUGGUGCCAACAACUGAAACUGACACGAGACAGGCUCGGAAACUCAAAGGAGACAGAGGAACAACACGUUGCUCGAUAUAUCGGGGGUCUAUGGGUCCAAAUCAUGGACUCUGUAAAUAUGUUUGACCUAGUAUAUAUUUCUAAAGCGCACCAACGGGCGUUGGUUUUUGAGAAACAAAGUCGUCGGGUGGGCAGUUUGUCUUCAACUGCCAAUAUUGGAGGAAGUUCCGGGACGGGUGGUAUGGUACCCCAUGUUGUGCCUAAUCAACAAAGACCGACAUCUAACAGUGUUGGACCAAAUCCUAGGACAACUGUUAGUAGCUGCUUGAAGUGUUUUAGUUGUGGGGAGACAGAUGAUUGGCAAAAUGAUGAUGCCGGUGAAAAUUACGAAUAUCCCCCUGUGUAUGACGAAGAGCAUCAAUGCGAACAAGAAGUUGUAACUGGAGAUGUGGGGUAUAAAGAUGAUGUGUGGUGUGAUGUGGUUGCUAUGGAUGCUUGUCAUUUGUUGUUGGGCAAACCUUGGGAGUAUGAUCAUAACAUAGAUCAUAUAGGGCGGACUAAUACUUAUAGUUUCUUGUUUGGUGGUGUGAAGAUAACAUUGGUUCCCAAUAAGCCAAAGGAGCCAGUUUCGAGACCUUCGGGUACUCUUCUGACCCUGAAUCAGUUUGAAGACGAGUUAGAGGCGAAAGGUGAAAUUUUUGUAUUGCUCGGGAAGGAAGUCGCUAAGGAGGUUGAAAUUACUGAGGCUAUGGUUCCUCUUCUCAAGGAAUUCGCUGAUGGUUUCCUUAAUGAAUUACCUGAUGGUUUGCCACCUUUAUGUGACAUCGAGCAUCAUAUUGAUUUACAACCAGGAGCUCAGUUGCCGAAUAGGCCACAUUAUAGAAUAAGUCCCGGAGAGCAUGAGGAGUUGCGACGACAGGUGGAGGACUUGAUUUCAAAAGGUCAUAUUCGGGAGAGCAUGAGCCUGUGUGCUGUUCCUGCUUGUUGA